AUUAAACAUAAUUAAUUUUAAUUUUUUCAUCAUCUUCUUCCUCUUUUUUUUCUCCUCAUCCUUACCCUCCUCUUCUUCUUCGGAAUCAUCCUCAUCAUAUUCAUCAUCUUGGGUUCCUCGUGGAACCCAAUGCUGGGUUCAUAAGGAACCUAGCACAAGGAACCCAGUGCUAGGUUCAAGGAACCCAGAUUUGGGUUUCUCAUGAAACCCAGCACUGGGUUCGUGAGGAAACUAGAGCUCCUCGUGGAACCCAUCUGGGUUCCUCUCAAAACUCAACAUUGGGUUCCGUGGGAGAACCCAGCACUGGGUUCUGCAGGGGAUGCAAUGAACCCGAUAUGGGUUCCACCGGGUCACGCGAGCCCAGUGAUAAGUUUGGGUUCAUUGCAAAACCCACAUCGAGUUCAUUGCAUCCCCCGCGGAACCCAGUGCUGGGUUCUCCCGUGGAACCCAAUGUUGGGUUUUGAGAGGAACCCAGAUGGGUUCCAUGAGGAGCUCUGGGCUCCUCGCGAACCCAGUGCUGGGUUUCAUGAGGAACCCAGAUCUGGGUUUCAUGAGGAACCCAGAUCUGGGUUCCUUGAACCAAGCACUGGGUUCCUCUGGGUUCCUCGUGUUGGAUUCCUUGUGAACCAGCAUUAGGUUCCACGAGGAACCCAAGAUGAUGAAGAUGAUUCCGAAGAAGAAGAUGAGGGUAAGGAUGAGGAGAAAUAAGAAGAUGAAAAAAUUAAAAUUAAUUAUGUUUA